UGCAUGCUCCGUGGGGUCCGAAAUGCGCUCUAAGGUGUUAAACUCUCACCUCCUUUUCCUGCCUCCCCUCUGGUGGGUGUAAGACCCUGUGACCUUUCCACCUGUAGCAGAUCGGACGAAUCUGACCCCUCUCUCAUCCUCAACUCCGCGUCAACAAUAACAACAACAACAACAACAACAACAACAAAACGAUAGAGAGAGACGCGGCGCAAAUAAGCCAACCUGUCGACGUCCUUCAGUGCAUCUGUGGCCACAGCUCUAAUUAUCUGCCCACGCCAGGAUGCGCCGCGCCGCUUCGCCAAAGCAGAGAAAUGUUUCCGCCUGCUUGUCAUUACCGCUCUCUUGACUGCUGGAUGCAGACGCGCCGACGCCGCCUCAGCUCGCCCGCCGCGCAAGUUUCUCCACCGUGCGCCUCCGUGUUUCUAAACACUGUUCAGGUGUGAUCUUCCGCGCGUCUCCCUUCUCCCAUCUCGCCGCCCCUGCAGGAAGUGUCUUUACUGUACAUUUACUAUGCGAGCAGAGGGGCUGGAGGUCGGCGCAGCCCGGGACUGAUCGCUCUCUGACACCGCGCGCCUCUUCCUCUUCCUCGGACGCGUCUUGGCGAUACAAAAGCUGCUGCACCGGAUCUCCUUGGUUAGUGCCAUGUCCACGCGAAAGACGUCGUUGACGGACAAGCAGGCUAAAAACGGCACGUCAAAAUAUGUGUUGGAGAGAUGCGCCUCUAUUAACGAGUACUAUGAUGUUGCCUUCAAGGUGAUGCUGCUCGGAGACUCUGCGGUGGGGAAGACGUGCAUCUUGGUGCGCUUUAAAGACGGGGCGUUUCUGGGAGGAAACUUUAUAGCCACCGUCGGAAUAGACUUUAGGAAUAAAGUGGUGGAUGUUGACAACCUGAAAGUCAAGCUGCAGAUCUGGGACACAGCUGGUCAGGAGAGAUUCCGGAGCGUAACGCACGCCUACUACAGAGAUGCCCAGGCGUUACUUCUACUUUAUGAUAUCACCAACAAGCCAUCUUUUGACAACAUCAGGGCUUGGCUGACUGAAAUAUUCGAGUAUGCCCAGAAGGAUGUGGUCAUCAUGUUGCUCGGCAACAAGUCAGACAUGGCUGCAGAGAGGGUGGUGAAGACGGAGGAAGGAGAGAAGCUGGCCAAGCAAUAUGGAGUGCCGUUUAUGGAGACCAGUGCGAAGACGGGGGUCAACGUGGAGCUGGCUUUUCUCGCAAUAGCAAAGGAGCUGAAGCACAGAGCAACGCAGCUGCCAAACGAGCCCAAGUUCAAGCUUCAUGACUACAUCGAAUCUCAGAAGCACAAGUCUGGCUGCUGCAGGCUCGGGUAGCAGAAGCUGAACGCCACGCAGAGAGAUAAAGGGUAGAGAAAGGAUGGAGGGAGGGAGGGUGGGAUUGAAGAUGGGGUCAAGGUAAAAAGAAUAAAGAUGAAAUGUCAGCUCUCUCUUAUGAAAAGCCAAUCCAAGCAACCAUACACCCCACAACCCGUCCCGAGAGGCGGAUGUUCUUCUGCGCAGAGCUUUUGGCUGAGUGGAAGCGAAUCUGGACUUACUGCCAUCCCUUUGCUGAAAUGUGAAUUUAAAUAGUUUGUGUAAUGUGUAGAAACGUUCGUGAUCUUUGUGGUGACAGUUGUAUCAGAGUACAAAUCAGGAGUAACAAUCUGAAAUGCUAUUCCCGUCUGCAGGGACUCCCUUAACAAGCGGCAGGUUUUCAUGGACCAUCAAAGCGACUGUUGAUGUGGAUAUAGCAUUUUUAUUUUUAUCUUAUUUUCUGUGUGAACUGAACCCUGUCCUUCUGGCCUUACAGUCUCCAUCUGCAGUCGAGAGCUCACAGCCAGGUUGUAGCUAAAUGGCCCCAUCUGUUUUCAUCUGUACUGCUGUUAGGUAGAAUAAAGCCAAUAUUUUGAGGGUAAUUACCAACCUCGUGUCUGUCUGUACGUUCAUAUCAAGAUGCUGUAGAUGUACGGUUCUAGUUAGAACUUCACAUACACUCAUCAUGGAUGUUAGUGUCACAUUUAUUUAGGCAUUUAAUGGUAUUUUUUUAACGUCCUCUUCCUACGUGUGCCGCUUUUCCAACGUUAAACUUCAAUGAUUUUCCAGGAAAGAACUGGAAGUUUAAUUUACGGUGUCGUUCUCCAACUCACAGGGCGUCGAAUUGGUCCUUCAAGACUGAAGAAGACUUAAAUUUGAUGGUGUCUAAUUUUAGUCUAC